GGUUUUCAGUUUCCAAACCUGACCUGAUCUCCCAGCUGGAACGAGGGGAGGAGCCGUGGGUCCUGCAUCUCCAGGGUUUAGAGGAAAGAAAGAUCCUGAGAGGUGCCUGCGCAGCAGGUGCUGGGAUGGUGAGUGAGAACAAGGAGCAGAAUCCUCAGCAGGAAGAUACUGAGCAAGUGGAAGCACAUGUGGCAUUAUUGCAAAGACCCAGAGGGAACCUGUUCAGAAGCCAUGAGCAGGGAAAAGCCAGUGAGAGUCAGCGCAGGCCAGAGAGGCUGGAGGGAAACCAGCCAGAGGAAAACGUGAAUAAAUCCAUUAAUUGUCAGGGAACUCACAACGACCUCAAGGAAACCACAGCCCAGCAGAGACUCCCCACAGGAGAGAGAAACAACACAUGCACUGAGUGUGGGAAAAACUUCAGUUGCCGCUCUGGCCUUAUUAAGCAUCAGAGAAUUCACACAGGGGAGAGACCCUACGAAUGCGGUGAGUGUGGGAAAACCUUUGUUCGGAACUCACACCUUGUUACGCAUCAGAGAAUCCACACCGGGGAGCGACCCUAUGAAUGCUGCGAGUGCGGGAAAAGCUUCAGUGACAGCUCAGCCCUUGUUACGCAUCGAAGAACCCACACUGGAGAGACGCCCUACGAGUGCCAGGAGUGUGGGAAAAACUUCACUCGGAGCUCCAACCUUAUUAUGCACCAGCGAAUCCAUACGGGAGAGAGACCCUACGAAUGCUAUCAGUGCGGGAAAACCUUCGCUCGGCGGUCGAACCUGAUUAGACAUCAGAGGAUCUAUACAGGCGAGGGUCCCUAUAUAUGCGCCGAGUGUGGGAAAACAUUCCAUCAGAGCUCGGCCCUUGUUUAUCAUCAGAGAAUCUGCAAAGGAGAUAAACAUUGCGAAAACCCUGUCUAGGGCUGGCAAAAGAGUUUUUUUCUUUUGUCCUCUAAGACUUUUGUUAAUUCCCACAUAUUGACUUUUAAGCUAUCUGGCCCCUUUGCUUCACCGUGUUCUCUCAGCUCCCCUAGGCAAGUUGCCUGCUUUUGCAGUUUGCCCUUUU